AUGGCUAAACCUGCGCUUGCAGUGCCGACAAAAAUAAAAGAUAGCACACGAUUUUAUCCUUAUUUUAAGCUAAUUUUGUGUUUCUAUUUUCCUUAUGAUUGUAUAGGGGCUAUUGAUGGAACUCAUAUCCCCGCAAUGAUAACAGGCCAAGACUCGUCUAGCUACCAUAAUCGAAAAGGACAAUUAUCGCAAAAUGUGUUAGCUGCAUGUAAUUUUGAUUUAGAAUUUACAUAUGUUCUUAGCGGUUGGGAAGGUUCAGCUCACAACGCAAAGGUACUAAACGAUGCUUUAACUAGAAACACCAACAAAUUAAUAGUUCGAGAAGAAGGAACUGACGCUGAUGAAAGAGUUGAUGAUGGGAAUAAUGAAGAAGAACAACUUCAUGGUACUCAAAACCAACAAAGAGUGCAUGCUAAUAACUGGAGAGCAACUAUAGCGGAAAACAUGUGGACAAAUGCUAUAAAUAUGGGAUCAUGA